UCCAUUGGCCCGUAAACUGCACACCACUGAUUCUGCGGUAAAGAUGGCGGCGUCGGAGGGGGCGCGUAGUGGUUUGAGCAAAGCAGCUCGACCCUCUAUGGGUCUGUUUUAGCAGGAACAACCUCGGUAUUACCAGAAUGAGAUUUACCGGCUCGAUGAAAUAUUAAAUGGUGCCGUUAAGGUGAAUUGAACUGAUUGGUGACACAGUAGAGGCGCGGUGGGUGGGAUCUCACACACACACACACACACACACACACACACACACACACACACACACACACACACACACACACACACACACACACACCGCUAGCUCUCGGGCUAGGCUAUAGCGCUAAGUGGGGGUGAAGAGCACAGUCAAUAGGCCGCUCCGCUGUUCUCUUAAGGGGGGAUGUGAUCCAGGCGGACGGUAGUGUUUACUUGCUCCGGUCCCCGGCGGAUCUUUACACGUAAACGCGCUGGUGAAAUGGGACAGCAGGUAGGGCGAGUGGGUGAUGGGGCCUCGGCGGCACUCCAAAGCCCACCACACGGACACUCACAGCAACCGCAGCCGCACCAAAGCAGAGGGAGCCGGGGGAGCAGCUCCGGGAGGAGACCGCGGGAAGCGACGAGCGCCGGGACACCAGCGUGUAGACUCGCCGUUACCGCUAACGCUUCCGACCCUGGAAUUAACAUAUUCACUCAGCAUUCAGAGGCCCUGCAUAGGCCGUUUGGAUUGGACUCGUCCACUCUGACUGAGGCGGUGCGUUGGAGCUCAAAGGAGAACCUGCUGGGUGCUGCUGAGAGUGACCCAAACCUGUUUGUCGCACUUUACGACUUCGUGGCCAGUGGUGACAACACACUGAGCAUCACAAAAGGAGAAAAGCUCAGGGUGCUGGGCUACAACCAGAAUGGCGAAUGGAGUGAAGUUCGCUCUAAGAACGGUCAAGGCUGGGUCCCCAGUAACUACAUCACACCUGUGAACAGUCUGGAGAAGCACAGCUGGUAUCACGGUCCCGUGUCUCGCAGCGCAGCCGAGUAUCUACUCAGCAGCCUCAUCAACGGCAGCUUUCUUGUGAGGGAGAGUGAGAGCAGCCCGGGCCAGCUCUCUAUUUCACUGCGCUACGAGGGCCGAGUCUACCACUACCGCAUUAACACUGCCUCUGAUGGCAAGGUCUAUGUAACCUCAGAGAGCAGGUUCAGCACAUUAGCCGAGCUGGUCCAUCAUCAUUCCACUGUAGCGGAUGGUCUGGUGACGACGCUGCACUACCCAGCCCCGAAAUGCAACAAGCCCACUGUCUACGGGGUCUCGCCCAUCCACGACAAGUGGGAGAUGGAGCGCACUGAUAUCACCAUGAAGCACAAGCUAGGAGGAGGCCAGUAUGGAGAGGUCUAUGUGGGUGUCUGGAAGAAAUACAACCUCACGGUUGCUGUCAAAACACUCAAGGAAGACACUAUGGAAGUGGAAGAGUUUCUGAAAGAGGCUGCAGUCAUGAAAGAGGUGAAACACCCCAAUCUAGUGCAGCUGCUUGGUGUAUGCACACUGGAGCCUCCUUUCUACAUAGUGACGGAGUACAUGCCUCACGGCAACCUCCUGGACUACCUCCGUGAGUGUGACCGUGAGGAGGUGAAUGCUGUCGUGCUGCUCUACAUGGCCACUCAGAUUUCCUCUGCCAUGGAAUACCUGGAAAAAAAGAACUUUAUUCAUAGGGACCUGGCUGCACGAAACUGUCUAGUAGGAGAGAACCAUGUGGUAAAGGUGGCUGAUUUUGGCUUGAGUCGGCUGAUGACAGGAGACACGUACACAGCUCAUGCUGGCGCCAAGUUCCCCAUCAAGUGGACUGCACCAGAGAGCCUGGCCUACAACACCUUUUCCAUCAAAUCAGACGUCUGGGCAUUUGGAGUGCUUCUGUGGGAGAUUGCGACCUAUGGUAUGUCUCCAUAUCCUGGUAUUGACCUGUCUCAGGUUUAUGACCUGCUGGAGAAGGGCUACCGCAUGGAACAGCCAGAAGGCUGUCCUCCAAAAGUCUACGAACUUAUGAGGGCAUGUUGGCAGUGGAGCCCACUGGAUAGACCCUCGUUUGCAGAGAUCCAUCAGGCCUUUGAGACAAUGUUCCAUGACUCCAGCAUAUCAGAAGAAGUGGCAGAGGAACUGUGUAAGACUGCCUCUUGUGGUAAGGGUGGGGUAGUCCACUCGUUCAGUCACGAUCAGCCCCUCGUUCCCUCCAAGUCAAGGCAGCAGAAGAAGCACUCAGACAAUAAGGAGAACAUGGAGGGACUGGAGAGUCGGCAUGAGCCUGGAGCUCACGGUCCUUCAGGUACAUCAGCUGAUCUCCACUUCACACCCUCUCUACUGGUAGGUGAUGGUCGUUCCAGCAGCUCUCCUGCUUUGCCCCGGAAGCAGAGGGACAAAUCUUCUAGUGGCCUGCUUGAUGACACGUUGGAUGCUACUUUUACUCGUGAUCGCAAAGCUGGCUUCUUCAGCUCUUUCAUGAAGAAGAAAUCAACAACCGCUUCCACCUCUCAGCCUCAGCACAACCCCAGUGGCUCCUUUCGAGACCUCGAGACACAGCCUCACAAGAAGUACGAACCCACAACUGCUUUUGGCGGUCCUCCUCCACUGCCUCAGACUGAUGGCCUUGGCUUCUCUCCGUCUCAUGGAGAAGGAAACCAUGUUCAGUCACGGUGCUGUGGAGCUACUUUUGGCCAGAAGCUCUCUGGGUCAAACUCUUCCACCUCUACCCAGGUGGGCAGCAGCAGUAGCUGGGCAGGACUUGCAGGCUUCUUCACACCACGCCUUAUCAAAAAAACCCUGGGGUUGCGAACUGGGAAGUCUUCUGCGACUGAUGAAGGGGGUGGGGCAGCCAGGCCCUUUCCUCGUUCAAAUUCAACGUCCUCCAUGUCAGCUGGGCUGCCAGAUUUGGAGCGCAUGGCACUAACAUUACCAAGGAACCGUAGCAAACCACCACUGGAACGCACGGUGUCCACCACAUCACAGCCAGAGAAUGGUGCCCCGCGACCCUCAGACACUCCGUCCCGAAAGCUGGACGAGGGCACAGCACAGAUCCGGGACAGACCAAAAGCUAAACUUUUGCCACGUGCAGUAUCGGUGGGCACAGGAGCGGCUAGGGCACCAGGGGUUGGGGGUGAGGCAGAGUCUGAUGCUCAUACUCAGGGUAGAGUGGGGCAGGAUGACAGACCGGCCUGGUCUUCUCCAUCUAAAACGUUAGUCGGCCCACACAAUCAUAAAGUCCCAGUCCUAAUCUCUCCAACAUUGAAGCCUGGCACAGCUGAUCCACACCUGGUUGGUGUAGACUCUCAGGGCAACCGCUUCAAGCUGCUGGCUGAUAGUGGCACUGAUAGGCCACGACUGAUCAAGCCCAAGUGUGCCCCACCUCCUCCACCCACACUGCGCACUCUCCAACACAGUUAUAGCACAGAAGGUGCUGAUGAAACAACUAACAUGAGCCCAGAGAUCAAUGGAGAUGGGGUCAAAAGAUCGGGGAGAGGGUCAGGAGGAACUCGGCCAUGUAUACCGCCACCACAAGCACCUCUAGCACCUGCUGCUUCUUCCAGUAAUAUCACAACAAACAAGAUGGCCAAUGGUGGCACUACCUCUGCCUCCACAAAGCUGACACUGAGACGGACCCGGCAGCAGCUAGAACGUAUACCACUGGAAAAAGUGAGUAAAGAAGCUCUGCUGGAAUGUGCUGAGUGCCUGAGCCUUGCGCUCCACAGCAGUACAGAGCCAUGCUCCAGCAGCCAAGUCUUGGAUGCUGGACACCAGUUACUCGACUACUGUUCAGGCUAUGUAGACUGCAUCCCACAAACACGUAACAAGUUUGCCUUUCGUGAGGCUUUGGGGAAACUAGAACUCAGCCUCCAGGAGCUGCGGGCUUCUUCUACGGGUGGAGGAGGGGGACUAAGUGGAAGUGGGACAAGUCCUGCUCUGGACAACUUGCACUCUUGCAUUAAAGAGAUCAGCGAUGUAGUGCAAAGGUAGUUAGUGGAGUCACAUGAAACCCUGCUACCCUAAUAGGACUUUUUACAAGUUUUUAAGUAUUGUUUUGUAAAUGAUUGGGGACAGAGGAUAUUCUCUCAAACGUACCUCAGUAAAAUCACUACAAAUGGUCUCUCCCCUCUCCGUUAUUGUUUACAGUGGACUUUGAAAUCGCCAGUUGGAUAUAGAGCUCUAAACUUGUAAAUAAGCUUGUUGUCCAAAACAAAUCAUAUACAGUGUCUUUUGUCCAGGUUUGGCUUCUUAUUUUGUGAUCAAAAGAGCCUACAUUUUAAAAGUAAUAGAUUAAUUGAUACCCAUGAACCAGUUUUUUGGCAUAUUUUGCAGAAAAUUGCAGAAUUCUCUUUAUUACACAAAUUACUUUUCACAAUAACUGGAUAUGCACAACAAACCCAUUACCAUAAAAAUUGAUCAGGCGUGUCCUGCUUGUGCUCUGCAUAUACUGUUGGAUAUUAGCAGUACUGAGCCUUUGGCACAAACGACACAUCACUCAGUCACUGUCACUUCUGACUGAUUUCAUACAUCUAUGUAUAGACAUUUCAGCAUUUGAUAGAAGGUCAUGGUUCUGUAGCAGUGUAGGCUAAUGUUGUUGGGAAAGGAAUACGGUCAAUAUACUGAACAUAGAGCAUCAUGUCUGUGAUUUAGUGCUUUUUAUUUAAGUGACCUUUUAAGAAGGCUCUUUGUUGUCAGGAUUUUUAGCUAAUGUCAACUUCAAGAUUCCAGUUAUUUUGUCCAUAGAAUGAUUACCCAUAGAAUGUCCAUAGAAACAGCAGACUUUCAAGCAACAAAGCUCAAUGGGGACAAUCAUAAGAUGCAGGAUAAUAAAUAACAGAUAAUUCCAGCUGAUAUGUAAGUAUUUGAUACGUAUGUGUAGCAGAUAUUGUUUCAAUUUUGAAGCAACAUGCUAUGGUCUAACAACCAAAAAAGUUAAUGGAUAAAGGAUAGUUUCAUAUCCAGUAAUUAUGCCAGAAUUUUAACAAAUCAUAUAUGUCAAUGUUUUACUGGUAUUCCUACAGAUAUGUGAAUAUUGAUUAUAGGAAAUGACUCGGAAUGUUUUCAGAUGUUACAAGCAGGUUUGACCUAACCUCGACCUAACAGUUGAAUGUUAUGCUAAUUUUAGACAUAGAUGAGCUUUUGUUUGUCUAGAUGGGACACGGGCACAAGUUUGGACACUGUGGUUUCCCACUGUGACUAUAGACACUCACUGCAGAACAGCAACUUUACUGCAAUAUUGCUAGAUACAAGUGACACAGCAAACUGCCAUUUCUAUCGCACAUUGGUUUGUACUUUUUAUUUAGAAUGUCUUCUAAACUUGAAUUUUAAAUUAUUUCUUAUUAAAAGCACAGGAGGUUUUUGUUAUGAUAAUAAUUGUGCAUUAUGUCCUACAAGAAGCAUUAAAGACCAUCUUUAUGUAGCUUUGAGUGGUUGCCUGAUCAAAAGGAUAUUAUUCCUUAUAAAAAUAUAAGAUUGAAAUGAAACAAAGGUCUCCAUCUGAUCAUCUACAAUGUGAAUGUAUCCAUCUUGUCAGAAAUUUUUUUCCCCGCUUAUUUUGAAGCCUUGUAUGUCAUUAAAUUUGAUUAUGUACUUUUUACACUGGAUGCCAUUUUAAAGCAUAGAUGUUAAUGGGCUUGCCUUAAAUCAUCUAUGUGUUAUAAUGUGGAAAUGUUAUUGUCUGUACCAUUCAUCUCGAAUUCAUUUGGAUUCCUCUCAACCGGAACAGAGCAUAUGUUCCAUGCAUACGUUUAGGAAACAGUUUUGGUUUUCAUCAGAUGACGCUUGGUGGUUUUCUCUACCAUAAGCAGCUUCCACAAUUUCAUGGUGCCUUUUUUGUGAGAGAUUUCAUAGCUACGAUAUAAUAAUACAUUAGGAAGAUGGAAAUGGGAAUGAGUUAUUCAUUUAAAUGUAAAAUAAUGCUUGACUCAUCAGGCAUUAUAUGAUGUCUGACUUCAACAGAAAGAUGUGCAAUGUUUUGUCCUGUAGCAGUAAAAAAAAAAACAGGGCAUUUAAGACCAUUUUGCUGAUGAGAUCAUUCAAUUGUUAGAUCUUGUUGGGAUUUCCUCACUGACUAAAUCCUCAUACAAUAAUUUUGUUCCUUAUUCUGGGUGAAAAGCAAAACUAUAAAGAGAUGUUCUAACAGAAUUAUCAAACCUGUGAGAAAUCUAGUUAUUUAAAAUUGUUUGACAGUUGCAUAACUUUGGGGAGGAGGAUUUAAAGGAAAGAGAUUUACCCUAGUUCAAGUGAUUUCAGGGAAUAUUUUUAAGAUAUGAGAGAUUGAAAUGGCAAAGUGCUUAAUUUAAUUAUGUACAGUAAUGCAUCAUCAUGCUGUUCUUUAGUGUUGCCUUUCUAUAAUUUGGUCUUUUAUUCAGUUUGGGAUCUUCAUUAUAUGUGUGCUGCACGAGUUGGCAACAAGGCAAACCUGUGAAGUAAAGCAGAAUUUCCUGUUCCUGUUUGCUGGUCUAUGUUCAAAGCCAUCUUACACACAUUUGCUUCACCAGUGCAUACCGUACAACGUUUUGCCCUUUUUCACUCUGUAGUUUUAUUUUGACACUGUCUUUUAAUUUAUUGUUGUUAUUUUUUUUUAAUUUCUUUUCAGUUUUAUUUAUGUAUUUUUUAAGAGAUAAUGAAUCCUGGAAAUAACAUGUUCUUUUUGUAUGAUGAGGUUUGUAGUUCUGUAGAUUAUUUUUGUUUUUUAUGUAAAACUUCAUUUAUAUACCAAAGGCCACCUCUGCAGUCGUUUAAGUGCAAUGACAAAUGGAACACUCUUAAUUUUAAAUAUGUGAAUUUUAAGGGGGAUUUAAAAAGGGCAGAGGUUGACAGAAUAACAGUAUUUUUCUGUUAUGUAAAAAGUAUAUUUUGUGUGAUUCUAAUUUAAAGCUCACUUUUAAUAGCAUAUUACUGUGAAGUGCUCCCUCAGUGUUACACUUGAUGUAAAUAAUAAUUAAAAAGGGUUGAAGCUUA